UUCGACUACGUCUAUUAGCUCCCUCCUCUCCCUCUUCCAUACUCUGCACAGAGGAAGGAAUAAAGAAAUACGAUGAACUCACUGUACACGCUCGGCGUGCGCCAGACAAACUCCAUCCAAAGCGACUUGGAGCGGCUACGAAACGGAGAUUCGUCCGCGGCGUUGCUAGGGCAGAUAUCCGCGUCGCUCGCCGCGAUGGCACGCACCGUGGAUGACUACGACUCGAUGGCCAAGCGCGAGAUGAUAAAGGCAAAGCAAGAGAAGGCUAUGAUGCGUGUUCAGAAGUUCAGGUCCGACUACACAGACCUACGUGCCCAAUUCGAGGUAAUAAAAACCGAGAGAGAAACAGCUUCACGUUCAGAACUUUUCGCUUCGUCAACAUCGGCAGUGCCCAUAUCACCCGCGCCAGGCGACUCACGGCGACGCUUCCAAUCGACACAACAAUCUAGUAAUACCGUAUCAGAAUCACCCUUCCGGGGGUCGGAAAGCCUGCCCAUGUCCAACCUGCGCGAGGACCAUGCAUUGCGCGAGCAUGACUUCGUCCGCAACACUGAUUCACGGCUUGACGAAUUUCUGGCGCAGGGUCAAGCUGUACUAAAUGAUUUGAAGGAUCAGAGAAACAUUCUCAAAGGCACCCAACGACGGUUACUGGAUGCGGCGAAUACUUUGGGGCUGAGUAGGAAUGUCAUUGGCUGGAUUGAGCGGAGAAGUACUCAGGACAUGUACAUCUUCAUCGUCGGAGCUAUCUUCACAUUCGUCUGCUUUUUCUUGAUAUGGAAGUAUCUGGGCUAGAUUUUUUUACUGUUUGUUCGUGCUGAAUCUCUGUAUUCAAUGCCUUUGCACUUAUGCCUCAUGAUAUUUUGUGUCUGAAGCAUUCGGACCAUACCUGUUGAUCUGUGGUAAUUUGUAGCCUUACCUAGAAAGGGCGGAGGCUUCGUGGCGCUAGCCGUUCUCGUUCUUCGUCUCGGCCUUCGGCUUUGUCCUGCAACUUCCAUUUUCUGUUCGGGAACGCGUCUUGGGACGCGUAAACGGCUUUGAAUCCGUGGUAUUUACUCUCCCAAAGCUGAAAUACGCGUUGCAAAACAUCGAAAAUGACGGAAUUAAGCCUCAAAUUCACGUCCACUCCAAGUGCGGAUACGGGAACGUACAGGCUCCUAGAACUCCCGUCGGAACUGCUCAAGGUCAUAGAAUCGGCAACAGACGGUGAUGCAAGGUAACUCAGGGUCAC